UGAGGUAAGACAUUGAAGUUGAAAGUAAAUAGAAAAAAUGUAGCAAAGUUGACAGCAAUGACUGAGAUUUAUUUCAAAUUCCAUGGAAACUUGACUGGACGCAUUCACUAUCCAACUCUGGCUACAGAAGUAGACAAAGCAGCAGAUAAAUAUUCUGGUCUCUAUGUGUAUGUGGGAUUGUUCUUAACAGUUCUGGCUAUCCUUCUCAUAUUGCUUUUCACCUUGCUUUUGCGCCUGAAGCAUGUUGUUUCCCCAGUCACCACACCUCCAGAGAGCACUGAGAAUGUCCAGCAGUUCACAGAUGUGGAAAUGCACUUCAGGAUUCCUACCACUUAGAGACCCCCAUGAAAAGAUGUGGUGGAAGGAACUUCUGCCCACCUGUAUGAGCCCUGUAACUUACUGCAUAACCAUCAACAGCAGCACAAAAGACCUGGUGUCAUGAACUCAGACACUGACUGGCUGAGACCCACUGGCUGUUCACCAGGCAACGUGUGCAAGACCCUCAAUAAAACUUACAUUAUGAAAAUCA